AUGGUCAAAAGAAAUCAACGUUGCAAAGAAACAGCUAGCAACACGGUUAAGAAAAAGCGCACUAGCAAAUUGAACCAGAUCGAAGAUAUUCAACUCAAAACCGAGCAAAUAUUCUCCGAUCAGGAGAAGAUCAACUUGCUGGUUGAUAUCUUAGAUUAUUGCCAGUCGACUGACCAUCGUACUAUCGAAGCUGCUGUCCGCGCUCUGGCUAAAUUAUUUUCUCACUUUGUGGCUAACGGCGACUGUAUCAACUCUGAAAAUCGUAGCGACGAUUCAGAAAACAAGGAUGACAAGGAAAUGAUCAACCGAAACUGUUCAAAGAUAUACUAUAACUGGAUGCACAAACAAUAUCUGACAUGCCAGCGGUACUUUAUUGCUUUGAUGCAAGAUGCCGACAGCAAUAUCCAGGAACUUGUACUAAACUUCUUGAUGACCUUCGUAUCCGAUGAGUUUAAAGCGAAGCAAUCACUUAACCAAGUUAACCACGUAUUCGAAUUUCCAAACAUGCUUUUCUAUCGCAUUUUAGAGGCUGUAAUCUUGAGCGAUAAAACAGAUGACAAGAGCCUAAUUAAAAAAUUGAGCUCCUUUUUUAAGUAUAGCGAUAUUACUUAUUAUACAUUAAAAAAUAUCGGAACGCUGGCCGCCUUAAAGCUCGAUGACGCAAGCAAACCUAUUAAUGAAACUUUUGUGGAAAAUGUAUUUUAUCUACUCCGUUCAAUUAAACUUUACAACUAUGACGAAGAGAUCUCAUCAUUUUAUUUGGCUACAAGUAACCUUGAAAAUUCAACAAAUGAUGAUUAUUACGGUAAAUUGAAAGAACUGAAAGAAUAUAAAAAGGUCUUUAGUAAGGCAUGGCUAAAUUUUCUUCGUCUCAAGUUACCCAUGAAAGUCUACAAGAAAGCACUUGCCGUUUUGCAUACUGACGUUAUUCCAAACAUGCUAAACCCCAAAUUAUUAAUAGAUUUUUUAACCGAUUCUUAUAAUAUAGGUGGAACUAUUAGCCUGUUGGCUUUAAAUGGCUUGUUUAUUUUAAUUCACCAACAUAAUCUAGAUUAUCCUGAUUUUUAUGCCAAGCUUUAUGCCCUAGUGGAAGCCAGCGCAUUUGUUGCAAAGUCUAGUGGGAGUCAUCUUCCAGCUUAUGUAGUGGCGGCAUUUGCUAAAAAGCUGAGCAGAAUCGCACUGACUCUUAACCCUGCAAGUGCUAUGGUUGCUAUAGCCUUCAUAUGUAAUCUGAUAAAGCGUCACGAUAGCAUCAAAAUCUUGAUUCAUCAAAGCUUAAAUGGAAAACGAAAAGUUUCCAUAAUUAACAUUCUGGUCAAAAUUAACCCAUCAGAACAGGUUCCAGGUGACCCCUAUUUGUUCUAUGAGGAAGAUCCCGCAAAGUGUAAAGCAAUAGAGAGCUCACUAUGGGAGCUACAGGCUCUUAUGGACCACUAUUAUCCUGGUGUUACAAGUUUAACCGAAAUAUUUAAAAAACCCAUCACUCAAACAGAAAUUGACAUUAGCGAAUACACAGACCAAACUCUUAAAAUGCUUCUAGAUAAAGAAUUACAUUCUGAAAUUCCCAAAAAUCCGGCCCUGGAAUUUAAAUCACCUUCUGGAAUCAUUCCUUCUGGUAGUGAAAUUUGGAAAUUUUGGUCAAAUAGCCAGAAAAAAUAA